AUGCUUUCUAAGAUAGCAGCAACUCUAUCCUUUUCUCAUAAAGAAGAACAAGACGUCAUAUUGCCAUCUCCUCCUUUCGACGAGAAACAAAUUCGUAUCUUAAUAUUUCAAGAAGAUCAUCAUGGACAAAAGUCGUUACUGUUAGAUACUGGAAAGAAUGGUAGACGUUUCCCCUCAGAUGGCAAUCAAGGCAAUCAAAUUAAUUCCGAUAUUAAAAUGUUUAAAGAAAUUAUGUUUGGUUCUGUCGCCGUUAAAAUUGACAAAACCACUGUAAAAGUCCACGAAAUUAGAAUACCUCCACAACUAUUAGUAACCAAAGUAUUUACGUUGGAUAGAAUUGAUAAUAAAGCUGACGAUACGUCAUCUAAAUCGUCUUAUGCAAGAUCAAGUCUAGAUGAACUACGCGUCAGUUCUCGACCCCUUACUUCAAAGUCCAUGUCGACUUCCAUACUCAGACAAGGUUUAAUCAAUAUUCCUGCUCGUACCGGUAGACGUGAUUCUGGAUUUGGCGAAUCAAGCUCUUUGAAAGGUAGCUAUUUAUUUUACCCGCAGUCACCGGCUACCUUUCACGGAAGCUACCAGCGUAGACUGUUCCGCAAUAAGUCCACAAGUCUCGAAUUUGGAUUCUCAGAAGACAACUCGCAGAUACAAGAAGCAGAAAAUUCUCCAAAUUGUUCUAAUACUAGAAGAAGAAAGCUUAAAUUAGCCGUUGGAAUCAUAUUUAACUUGUGGGAUGAUAGUAAAGAAAAUGCCUGUAAAAUUAAGUCCUUCAAGAGAUUUUUCUUUUCUCAUUUUAUGGUAUUGGAAUCCCAUAUUAACCGACUUAAGGAAAUUAUUAAUAGAAACUUUGAUGACAAAUCUAACUUUUAUGCGAUUAUUACUGAAGCUGUUACCAAAUUUAAGAAUACGGUAUGCCAGUUAUAUUCUGCUAUUCGUAUGCCGGAACCGGUGUGGCUUAAUUUACUAGCUAUGAAUAAUCAACGAGACGAAAUAUGUUCGCGUUUUGUGGAUACCUUAGUACAAAUGGUCGAAAGAUUUAAUGAACCGAAAUAUAAUUUUUUCAUUUCAAAGUUAAUCACCGCUGUCCUACGUCAUCACCUUGCGUGGGUCUCUACAGUUGCUCCUGAUGAAAAAUCGCCCUAUCCGUCCUAUUAUGAUAAACGUUUUUCUGUAUCUUUGAACGAAUUGGCGCGCUCGCUUCCUUACAAUCCAGUGUGGGCUCAAUUAGGUGAUCUCUAUGGUAGUGUUGGCUCAGAUACCAGAAUAUGUCGAACUAUUGUUGUUGGUAAAAACGCUCCGGUAGUGAGGAAUAUAUUAUACCUUUUAAGCUACUUUAUCAGAUGUAGUGAAAUUUACGAAGACGAUGAAAUUACCAUUGAAUGGCUUAAUGAAAUCGAUGAUGAGAGAACUUUGAUUGAUGCCGAAUGCAAAGAAAAGAAAGCUCCAUUACUCAAACUAAGAGCUUACUCUGAAAACUGCAUUCAUGAAAUUGUCAAGAAUCCGGUUAAAGAAAAACCUUUAAAUGCUGCGGAUGCUGCCAUAGAGUUAGCAGAAAAAAUGAUAGCAGCCAACAGUACUAUUGUUGAGGAUACAGAGUUCGAAAAAAUUACAGGUAGAGCUAGAUGUCAGUCUGCAGGCGGUGAUACAUCUUCAUCAAAAGAUAGUCAAGAUAAUUCCUCAUUGGAGGGAGCUGAAUCUGACGAAGAUGUCGACGCUCUAUAUGACGGAUUUAAGGAAAUUCCAUUACCAAAAUGUUCGGAGACGCAUUUUCAUCAUAGCUUUAACUUUGGACGCUCGUUCUUAGCUGAUUACAACGACGAGUAUAUGCCAGAUUUCGUUUUGCAUGGAACUCCAGCAAUGAAUUUUAAGGAGAAGAUGAUAGAUGACUUAAAACAUUCUGUUGAGUGUUCGGCUUUAGAUGAAGAAAUCGCUGAAUCUGUAUGUAUUGUUGCGGACACAGAUACAUGGUCCUGUGAAAUGUAUAUUGCCAACAACAAUGAUGCAAGGAAUGAAGUAGCAAGGAAAGAAAUAUCCGCAUCCCCGCUUGUUUCUGCAAUGUUAAAUUCUGUAAAAAAUCUUCGAAAAUUAUUUCCUCCUUACUUUUGCAUGAUGCAUUUAGAGGAUUGUCUAUCAGAAAUAUUUCUCAAAAGCACGGUCUUAUCUCAAUACAUCACUGCUAACGCUAGUAUUAAAGAGGAGCAAAUAUCUAGGCAUUUAGGGUUUGACAAGGCUGAUUUGCCGUUACUCUACGCCGUCGCGAAAGCUGGUCCUCAGAUGGCAUUCUAG